AGUUUUCACUUUUGUGUCGUGGUAACCGAAGUAUCUUACUAACAUAACCUUGUAGUUGCCAGUUAGCAUGUUAUUUUCCGUAUAUUUACAACAAACAGUGUUAAAAUGAAAAAAUUAACCUGUGUAGUGCCGGGUUGUGAUUCGGGAGACUCCCCUACGGAUAACAUACAGUUUCAUCAGAUACCUAAAGAAUCCGAUGUACGAAAAAAGUGGUUAAAAGCUAUAAACCGAACUGAAGCAGAAAUUAAUAAAAAGUCUCGAGUGUGUUCUAAACAUUUCAAGAGUCAAGAUUAUGCUAUUACUAAAAUAAAUUACACAAUGGGGGGAAAAGCCGCUCCAUCGGGAUCAAAGAACACCUGCGAAUUCAAGGCGCUAAAAUCUGAGGUGGUGCCAAAUCUGCAGCUACCACAAAAAUCUACGUUCAAAAUAAAAAUCAGCAAAAAGGAUAAUGCCAAACAAAUCAAAGUGGAAGAGGUGAAAGUCAAGGAGGAAAAAAUUGAAAAACCAGAGAAACCCGAAAAGAUAAAGAUGCCGAAGAGACCAGCUCCUCCUGAUAGCCCUCCUCCGCGAUCCAGGACACAAUCUAGGAGGGCAGCCAGUAAAGAAGCUCUGAAACAAAUGCAGCUGUUGUUGGAUGAUGAAAAUGAUACUGUGGAAAUUCCUGAUGAUGUAAUACCAAUAGACACAUCUCCGCACGUCCCACCACCUCCGAAGAAAAAGUACAAAUUGAGUCAUAGAAAAUCAUCAGACGGCAAUACCAUCAAACCAGCCGUUGACAGAGAAGCAGUAGUUUUGAAAACAAUUACGAAUCGAGACGCAGAGAAUACACUCGAAUUGGAUUGCUGGAUUGAACCACUCGAAGAGAUUCAAAUCAACCGCAGUAAAAAACUCCAAGAAGAAGAAAAAGAAAUCCAAGCGAAAUUAGAUUCUCUCAUAUCACAAUGUGACGCCAAAGUUAUCCACAAAGGGGAACUGAGUACCAUCGUAGAAGUAGCUGAACAAGUCCAAAGUGCUAUACAAGGCGCCCAAGCUCCUCCAACUAGCUUAAUAAUAAAUAAUAAUCUAGGAGGACAACAAAGUUAUCAACUUGUAAUGGAUCCAAGGAUGGGUCUAGUUGUUGGAGCCGUAAAUCCGACUACAACAUCACAACUACCACCUGCUCCGAAAGUAUAUCAAGGAAAAGUACAGGUGGCGCAGAAUCUUCAACAAACCCCAACGACUUCUUCGACUCUAACUACACCUCGAGUUGCAACUAGAGCUCGCGGUAGAGGAUCCAUGAAUAAAAUAACACCUCCACCACCGGUGGUUACUCCAACAAGAAAAGCUGCCGGUAACCAGAACGUUUCCGUAACUCUGCAAACGCGACAAGCAAAUCAAACCAGAACACAAGCUACAACUCCGACUAGAGCUCAAACUCAGGUACAAACUACAACGCCUACGAGACUGCAGACUCAAGCGACGCCUCAAACGCGAUCGCAAGCCGCGACGCCUCAAACUAGAACAAAAGUACCUACGGUAAUUAAGAAGCAAAUCACAGUUGUGCAAACAAAUACCCCCAAUACUCGAGGAAGAGGGCCUAGUCCUAAUACGUUCACGACCCAAGUUCGACCAUCGGAAUCGAACGUCGAAGGCGGUCUGACGACCGGUUCUGCACAAGGUAGCAAGAAAGUAGUCGUCGAUCUAACUUCCGACGAUGGUAAAUCCGCACCGGACAGUAGAGAAAUUUCUUUCAAUAAACUACAAGGCAAAACGUAUCCGUCUUUGGUCGUUGUAGCCAGACCACACUUGAGGGUACAAGAUUUAUCCUUGGACAGACCGAAAUUGGACGCCAAAGUCAAAUCGGUGCUUAUGCACGCCCCUACCAAAUUCACCGAAUGGUUGAUUCAGCAAGGUUUGAUCAGAUCGGAACAGAAAUGUUCAGUGCACACCAAUACCCAAUUAAAAUUAGGAAUGUACAGCGACGUUACGAAAUUUCCAUAUUCCGGUGGUUACGUUUGGAUAUCGGAAUGUUGUCCUCAAAAAUUCGUUUCAGUGUUCAGCGGAUCGCUUUUCGAAGGCUCUCCCCAUCCUCCGAUGGUUAUUUUGAAACUAUUAUACCAUUGGGCUUGUCAAACUAACAUUCAAAAUGUUACGCAAUGGGUGAAAGUAGAUAAUUUAUACGUUAAAGGUAUGUUUACGUGGCUACGGUCUACUUGUACGGUUGCUCUACAAACUCAUAUCAGACAAAUAGGCGGUCCGGGCGUUAAAGUAGAAGUGGGCGUUAUAUCUUUGGGAACCACUUCCCAAGACGGUAACCAAAGACAAGUCAAAGUUGAAGUUUUAGGGGUUCUGGAAUCCGAAUCGAAACUGAUCCGACUCAGAGCCGUAGAACCACAAAUAGAAGGCGAUAGAAACUAUAAGAAGAGAUUCUCGAAGAUAUUGGAACCUCUGAUUCAAUGGGUACAUCCUCAGAGUAUUUUAGUAGCCGAUUUGACGGUUGACAAACAAACUUUGAUCAGUAUGGGUUUUUCUAACGUAGUACACUAUUCAUCUACCCAAUAUGGAAAUAAUAAACAGAUUAUGGAUUAUUUACGAAGGAUAGUACCAAGGAUGUUCCAAAAUACUUUGUCGUUAUUAUCCAGACAGAUAAUUCAACAGUUUCUCGAUGAAUUGGUGUGGAGGGAAUGGUUCGGAACGUCGUCUCUCCAAGCAUUCGAUAAUAUAGUAUCUCAUUUAGCGGAACAAACCAAAUACGAAAGCGGUUCAUCGUUAAUAGUCCGUUUAAAUAAGGUAGCACAAAAUCCGUUCAAAAGUUGGAACAUGAAUCUCUGUAAUCCGUCUAAAACAGUUGAAAACGCCAAAAAGUCUAGAAACGCCCGAAAACCGGAUCCGCCAAAGUCAACUCAACAAGCUCCUAUGGAAGUGAACCGACCGCCGAAAAGUACCUCACCUGACGUACCAGAACAAAUGGUACCUUUAGAAAACUAUUAUUACGGUACAAUCGAUACCUAUUCCAAAACCCCAAAGAUAACCUUAAAUAUGAAAUGCCCUUUCUGCAAAUCGGUAUUCGAUAACAACAUACAACUCAUGAGUCAUUUAUUCAAACACGCCCAUAACGUCUCCAUGGACGCCCAACUGUGCAGAUACUGUCUAACCAGCGUCGCGACGGCGAACGAUCUAUUAAAGCACAUAGCUACAUCACAUCCCGCCGAAACCAAAUUCGACAACGGUUUCUGUUGUCUCAUAUGCGAGACUCAAUAUAUGAAUCCGUUCGUAUUGGGAAAACAUAUGUCGAAAGAACAUUGUCCCAGCGAAUUACCGUAUCAGUGCGGCACUUGCGGUUAUAGGUGUUCGAAUCACAAACAGGCCAUCGAUCAUUUUUACAGGACUCACGAUAACGGUCCUACCAUACAAUGUCCCUUCUGUCUAAAAUCCACUACCGUAUUCACUUCCAGCAGAAAUAUCGUACAGAAUAUGAACUAUUUCAUUCAGCACUUACAGAAACACCAACGCAAACAGUUCGCACGACGUUGCGGCAAAUGUAACUUAUGGUUCGUCCAAAAAGACGUCAUCAAAGAACACCAGAAUAAGAUGCACAUUUCCCAAAGGGGUAAAACGGGCUUAGUACCUUGGAACGCCCCUCGGAACGGCGUUAUGGUACCCAAAUCCAAAAUGGAUAAAUACCCCGUAGACGCCGAGGUUAUCAAUUUCGCAGCUUUAACUUUCGAUCUAGGCAAAGGACUUUUGUGCAAGGAAUGCAACACCCCCAUGGAUACGCCCAAACACUUUCCGUCGUUUGAGAGCUGUCAAAAUCCCAACUGUCAGUAUUCUACUUGUUGUACCAACGCAAUGCAAGAACACAACGCGAAAUGUAGCAAAACGAACAAUCCGAUUGCAGAAGAAAUUCUUCCUUUUGAAAUGUUUUGCAUAUGCGGUUUUAGUAGUUUGGACGGUAAUCAAAUGGCGAGACAUCUCGCGAUCUGCGAAAGGAAAUCAUCAUAUCCGUCUAAAAGUGAAGCGCAAUCGGCGAUUGUAACGCACAGUAUGUUGGACGUGCUCGGUUUGGUAAGGAAACCGGAGGAAUCGCCAAAACCGGAAUCGUCGAAAUCUGAAUACUCGAAACCCAGACCGAGAACAGAAAAGAAAAAGAAACAGAUGCAAGAAUUGAACGCCCUUGACGACGCCUCUAAUAUACCGGAAGCGAAUAAAGAUAACGAUAUUGUCAUGAUGGAAGAAAUCGAAGAUAACGAUUUGGAUAAAAAUAGGAACGACGAAGUCGACGCCAUCGCCUUCGACGAAAGUGAAAAUAAACAAGAAGAAGAAGAAGAAGAAACACAACAUCUAGAAGAUAAGGAAAAUCCCAUUAAGACUAUAGAUUGCUUGGAAAUCGAAGAAAAUCAAGACGUCGAAAUGCCUCUAGAUCAAGACAAAGAUGUCGAAGUACAGGAAAAUGACAACGAAAGUAUCAAGAAUUCCGAAGAAACAAACGACAUUGAAACAACAACAGAAGAACCUAUUGAAACUAUUGCAGACGAUACCGAUGAAAAAUCUGAUAACAAAAUUGACGAUAUCGAUGAAAACGUAGAAGAAAAUACUCAAAAUGAAGAAAAAACUGACAAUUCCAACGAAAACGUCAAAGAAAACCAAGAGGAAAAUAUCAAAGAUACCCAAGAGAAAAACGUCGAAGAAAAUCAAGAGGAAAAUGUCGAAGAAGAAAACCAAGAGGAAAAUAUACAAACCGAAGAAAAUAUAGAUAAAAUAGAAGAUAACGAAAUCGAUAAGGAACAAAUUGAGGAUUCUAAUGAAAAAUUAGAAGAGGAAGAAGAAGAAGAUAAAAUCGAUAAAGAUGAAAAUGAUUCCCAAACCGCCAUAGAAGAUGCUUCAGAUAGUCUUCAAAAUAAAUAUAAAGAAGAUGAAACAAAAGAUAAACAAGAUACCGAAGAUAAUGAAGAUUCUGAAUGUAAAGAAGACAAUAAAAAUGAAGAAGAUGAAGAAGAAGAAGAAAUCGACGAUAGAACAGAAGAAAUAAAUAAAGAAACUGAACGUAGGAAAGAUGAAGAGAACCGAGAAACUGAACAAAGAGAAGAUGAAGAAAUCAAAGAAACUGAACAACGAGAUAUUGAAGAAACUGAACAAGGAGAAACGGAAGAAACUGAACCAGAAGAAACGGAAGACACUGAACGAGGAGAAAUGGAAGAUAUUGAACAAGGGGAAGUGGAAGAAAUAGAAGAAAGUGAACAAGAAGUGGAAGAUAACAAAGAAACUGAACAAGGAGAGGUAGAAGAAAUCAAAGAAACUGUACAAGAAGUGGAAGAAAAUAGAGAAACUGAACAAGUAAUCAAAGAAACCGAAGCAACAGACAAUGAAAACGAAGAAUUUGUAAAUAAAGAAAAUAUUGGCCAUAAAGAAGAUGAAGAUAACGAAGAAAUUGGACGCGAGGAAAGUCCGGAGAUCUUGGACGAGCACGAAAAUCUUGAAGAUAACCUAGAAACGAGAGAAGGUGACGAAUGUGAGACUAGUCAACGCGAAGAAUACGAAGACAGUCAACAAAUUAGAGAAAAAGACGAAGUGUACGAUGAAGAAGAUGAGGAAAAAAUCGAAGAUCCGCACGAAAAACUUCUAGAUGAUAUUUCGUUAGAUAAACCGGUAGAUUUUCCAAAUGACGAAACGUUGUCGGAUCUUCAGAAUCACGUAUUGGAAAAAACUCCCGACAAAGCACCAACGAUCACUUCCGAUGAUAUACAGAGUCUUUUAUCGGACGUUGUCGGCGAAAGCGAAGCUAUGGAUACGGAAAGUGGCAAUAAACAACAAUUAGAUGAUGUAGCGGAAGAAAUGAUGGAUAUAACGGAAGAUAGUGGGGACAUACCGACACCGAUGGAUACGGACUAGUUGAAUUUUGAGAGAGAAAAAAAAACAAUCGGAUGUUUUGGUGUGUAGAUCCGGAGGGAAACUCGACGACUCAGAAAACUUGUGUUUGAUUAAGGCGGUUAUUAGUUCCUAGAUGAAUAUGAAUCGAUACUCAGAAAUUUGAUUUUGUUUUUCCAAAUAAAUCGUUUUUUAAAUUGAUACCUACUCAGAAAUAGUGUGUAUAUUCAGAACGAGCCACAUUUCUGAGCAAUAUUUGUUACGGGAAAAGUAAUUUUUUUAAACUUACAUUUUUUGAACUAAAUUUGAGUAUUAAACGAAAAUGAAUGUUUCUGAUAUCGUUCGAGUUAUAAAAUCUACCGGCUUCUCCAUAUGAAGCAUCUAAUAAAGUUCGUUUCCGAGUAACAUUGGGAGGCAAUUAUCUAGGUUUCUAAAACCUUGUACCGAAUCCCUUUUUAAGGAUUCUUAUGGGUAGACUGAUGUUUAAAGAAAGCGUUUGAUUGCCACUAGUAUAGAUCGGGAAUCCGGCAACAACAUAACCUUAAAUUAACGCUUUUCUGCAUCCCCCCCCCCCGGUAUUUUCUAUUUUAUUUUUCCCUAAUUUCUUGUAAUCAAUCAUAUUCUGACUAAAUAACCUUUUUACUAUCCCUACACCAAUGGUACCAACGUAGAUCCCCGUCGAGUCGCCCUUGGAUCCUUGGUGGUCCGCUUGGACCUCUUUGGGAAUCCCGAACCCUAUUAUAAUAAUUACGAUUAGAUUGUUUGGUCCUUGGAGCAGGAUAUUAUAUUUGAAAGGCUCCAACUACUAGAUAAUAUAAUUUUGAGUUUAUUUUUAUUAUCGAAAUGAGGCUACUAAACAUGGCAGGAAUCAGGACACCAAGACAGGAUACUUUUAUUGCUUUUUGAAAAUCUCAUUUCCCAGGAAAAUGUCAAUGGAAACCCAAGGAGUUCUCCACGAGUCGUAAGUACUUUUCCGGUACUCCAAAAGGCAGGAAUAAAAAAAAUUCGCGGACGAUUUCGUUCUAAUUCCUUCUGGUCUAAGAGUGUUGACUAGUUUUUAUUAUGUCGUCAUUAAAUUGAGUUUUUUCACCAACUCAAAUUUAAGAAUUACAUAAUCUUAGCUAGUAUUGAAUCUCUUGACGUCUUUGUUAAAUUGUGGGGUUGCCAGUUCCCGAUCUCUUUGUAAGUAACCGUUUUUCCUUGUAUAUAUUAGCUUAUAAGAUUUCUUCUUUUUUUGUAUAAAAAGUGCUGUUCUAUAGAUGUAAUCGUCCGCAAAGACUCGAAGAGGUUAGAUUAAAUAGAGUUUAUUGGAUAUUUAAAUAAAUAAAAAAAACUAA